AUGAAUUUUCUCUGUAGUAACAAUGGAAAGGCUGUAGUUCCUGACUGGGAAAUCAAGUUACAAGCCUUAAAGGAAUCUAUUAAGCUAGAAACUGACAAUUUUACAACAGAAAAUGAUGAAGAAGAGGAAAAGGAAGAAUGGAUGUUAAUGUCUGAGUUGAAUAUUCAAAACAUUACUAAUGAUGCACAAAGUUCUGUCUUAGCUCCUGAGGGAUAUUGGCACAAUGUUACUGAACACUUUGAUGAAGAGCAACUAAAUUCUGUAGUAUCUUGGUUAGCAAAUCAAAAAUCUAUGAAUAAUCCUCAGUGGCAAAUGCCAACAAGGAUAGUAGAUAUUUCAAGCUUUAGUACAAACCAAAGAUUGGCAUACAACGUAGUUUGUGAUCACUUUAACAGAAGUGACAAAGAACCUAUACUUCUCCUAAUUAAAGGUAUUGCAGGGUCAGGGAAAAGCUAUCUCAUUGACGCCAUUAGAAAUGUACUCCAAACACAAUGCAAGGUGCUAGCGUACACUGGAAAAGCAUCUUUUAAUGUGAAUGGUGUAACUUUGCAUUCAUUUCUCAAAUUGCCAAUUGGCUCAAAAAAGACUCACUGAACUAAAAGGAAUAGCACUACAACAGCUUCAAAGUAAUGUAGAAAAUCUUCGGUAUUUGAUAAUAGAUGAAUACUCUUUGGUUGGUCAGAGUUUGCUUGGCUGGAUAGAUUCUAGAUGCCGACAAGCUACAGGCCUGGCAAAUCAGAGUUUUGGUGGUCUUUCGGUUAUUGUUGUGGGUGAUAUAGCACAGUUACCCCCUGUUGGUGAUAAACCACUUUACCAUUCAAUGCCCAAAACAGAUAAGCAGAUUCAGGGUCAUCUCAUGUAUCAACAGUUUAACAAAGUAGUUGCAUUGACAGUUAACCACAGAGUUGAUGGUAACAGUAGUGAGCAGCACCUUUUUAGGGAUCUUCUUCUCAGAGCACGUAAUGGUGAAUCCACACCAGCUGAUUGGCAUACAUUACUGUCAAGAACUCCAGACCGUGUAUCAAAUAUCCAGGAAUUUGAAAUGUCAUCAAUAAGACUAUCCUAUCUCAAGUCUAGUGUUGCAGAGAUAAACAUAGCCAAGUUAAAAGCUCUUAAUCAACCAAUAGCAACUAUAAAAGCUCGUCACUCUGGUGGUGCUCAGAACCUUAGCUCAGAUGAAAUGGGAGGCCUAGAGCCUGUGAUUUACUUAGCAAAAGGAGCGAGAGUAAUGCUCACUAUGAACAUCUGGACUGAAGUUGGACUUUGUAAUGGAGCCCUAGGGACAGUAUUAGAUUUUGUUUAUCCACAUGACCAGACUCCCCGACGCUACCAAUUUGUGUUCUUGUACAGUUUGACGACGAUUAUAAUGGCCCUACUCUUUCUGCUAGAUUUCCAAGAUGUGUUCCAAUUUGUCCAAUAACACAGGUUUCUCAAAACCUAGGUCAAAAAUGUGAAAGACAGCAAUUACCCCUAAAGUUAGCAUGGGCAAUCACUAUACACAAGAGUCAAGGUUUAACGCUAAAGAAAGCCUGGGUUGAUCUUGGUCCUUCAGAAAAAUCUUCAGGAAUGACAUAUGUUGCACUAAGUAGAGUUAAGAAUCUUGAAGACCUAAUGGUAGAACCCAUGACCCUGGAUAGACUGCAAGCACCCAAAAAAAAUGUGCAAUUUAAAUUACAGACUUAAAGAAGAAGAGCGGCUAGAUGGUUUAGCCCAAGAUACUUUGGACAGUUUAUUGUAGAAUCCUAUUGCCCUAAAUAUAUUAAACAUCCAAACCAGAUAAAACCACUUUUAACAAUUAGAGUUUGAUUAACCAGAUGUGAGCCUUGAUUCAAGAUAAUGUAAAGGAUACAGAUUUUAACUUGAAAUAAUGGCAUAAAUUGAGUGGAAAACUGCUACAAUGUACAUAACCUUUAUUUAGAAUUUUUAUUUUUUGUUACAGAUUCUUUGUGGAAAGAAUGUCAAAGCGUGAGCCAGACCUUAACUCGGGUAAGUAUUAUGAUUAUGGGGGGAAGAACAGUAGAUCAGAAUGCAAGGAAAAUGGUGAAUAGGUACUAAACACAGAGACUACAGUGAUUUGUUGCCUAUUUAACAUGAAUCUUUUGAUUUUUUCCUUAGAAUCACUCUGUGGCUUUAUACAUAAUUUAAGCCCUGUAAAACGCUCAAAGAGAACGGAUUGGUUUGAGUUUCAUCUGCAAACAAGUCCUUCCAAAGUACAGCGAGUAGUUGGAUUUAAUAUCCCAAGCCACUCAACCUUCAGUGGACAUAACAAAUCAAAAACCCCUGUGCUGCUGUCAAAUACUAAGAAGAAUGAUUCGAACAAGGACAUUAUCUUCAACCAACAGUCAAUUGUAAGGUCUGCACCAGCGUUCGACAUUGACUUUGAUUAUUCUCCAGACAUUGCUGCAUCUGAGUCAUCCUCCUCUUCAGUGCAACCUGCUACUACGAUCACUCUGGAACAGGUACCAACUCUAAAGAUAAACCAGAAGGUCAACGUCACAGCAACGAUUUCAUUGGGCAGUGAACAACCUAAGCCGGUUGAAGUGAAAUCCACACAAAAGAUGACGCUCGUCAAAGAGGAUUGUGUCUUAGAAGAUGAGACAGGUACAGCUGAAAUUCACAUUUGGGAUGAGCUCAUCAACAACGUGAAAAAUGGGACAACAUAUGAAUUCCAAAACCUGAACGUCAAGCACUUCAAAGGAAGCACCCACUUAGCAACGACACCAGCAACUACCUUCAAGGAAGCCAGCAAACAACUUAAGUCUGUGCAAGGGCCUACACUACUGGAAAACCCAGAAAAAGAAGUUAAAGUCGAGAUGUUCAAGUUUCUUAACAACCUAAGCAUAUUCGUUGCUUGUCAAGCUUGUAAGAGGAAGAUAACAGAGAGUGCCCAUCAGAAGUACAUAAAAUGCAGGAACUGCGGAGUAAGGCAGCGUCAAGGCGAAUGCAAGAGAGAUGCAUCUGUGCAAGUCAAAGUAGAAAUAGCUGGAAAGGAAAUAUGGCUGACAGCGUUCACAAAAGAAAUUGAAAGUCUUCUGGCUCUGUCUCCAGAGCUUUCCCUUAUGAGUGACUCAGAAUCUAUUGAAGACCACCUUAUGGACCUCAAGGAUAUCCACUUCACCUAUAAUGUGAACAAAAACACCAUAACCCAGGUGACAUCUCUUUCAAAUGGACUGGCGCAAUGA